GCGUCUCGACCGCCGUCUUGCUAUUUACUGCGAGUUCUAUUCGGCACACUCCUUUAGAUCUCACGCUACUCCGCAUACAAUACCCAAUGCCUCAACCUUUGCCAACGAAUAAUUACGUAUUCCAACCAUGGCAGGACGCGUAUGCCAAAUGCCUCCAUCAUGAACAGGUCGGCAAUACAAUUGGCGACGCCACCGCCCUCGUACGCGCGAGAAUCCUGGGCUACGCUAUGCUCGAAACUCCCAGUGAUACAGGUCGCGACUUCCUUGCCCGCGAAAUCAACUCAUGUGAUGAUGACGAUGAAUUUGAACGUCUGGCGACACUAUACAUCACUCAUUUCCUCCGUUGCUUUCGAGCUGCUACAGGCCGUACUCGAUCCCCAUCCACUCACCCUUCGAGGCCCUCGUUCGAUGCCACGCAGGAAACUCUGCAAUAUCUUCUGGAAGAGGCGCCCCAGAAUCAUGCAACAGCAAAACAGAAGGCCCUCAUACGGGAUGGUUACCGAUGUAUGCUCACUGGUGCAUUUGACAUCGUCUCUGUGAAAGAGAAGCCCCAUAUCCUCCCGGCCGAUGCUCCAGUUACGUUCACCCAGGCAGCCCACAUCUUCCCUGAAUCCACAAACGUUGGGAUGUCGGGUGUCAACCAAGAUGGGGCGAAGCACGAAUAUGCAGCUACCGUAUGGACUGUCAUGGCGCGCUUCGGAGACACUUUUGUGUUCGAUGAACUGAAUGGACCUAACGUUCAUCGGCUGGAGAACGUGAUGACACUCCGCGGCGACGAGCAUACUCACUUUGAAAUGCUCAACUUGUGGCUUGAAAGCACUAACACGCCGCACACAUACACACCCCAAACUACGCACCCAAUGUAUCGGUGGAACAUACCGACGACAGUCACUUUCACGACCCCGGACCCCGAGAAGCUUCCACUACCGUCUCCAGAUUACUUGCGCCUCCAUGCGGCUGCGGCUCGCGUGGCGCAUUUGUCGGGCGCGGGGGAGUACAUUACUGAAAUACUGAGGGAUAUGGAAAAGACCAGGGUGCUAUCAAACGACGGCUCUUCUGCACUUCUAUUGACGGCGGCGUUGGAAGGUAUCUCGGUUCACUGAUGAUGUCUCAUUACUUUACGACCUUGCGAUCUUACUUAGCUUUCCAGUGAACCGUCGGUCAAAGCGCUAGCGCCUCCGCCGAGUGGCACCAUAGGCUCUCCGGCGGAGUAAUCGAGUGACUAUCUUGUCCUUCAAUAUGGCCUGCCGCACAAUGAUGGUCUUGACGACAAAUUUCUCGACCUCCGAGUCCGCUGCAGAGCGUCGCUCAGUCGGGAGGCGCCUGUGAGGACCGCAGCCACAACUCACGUGCCCCAACCACGGUCACGGUCGAGCACCAAACGAGCACCGAGCAGAGUUACAUUGCUAGUACUACCGCUUCUCACUUUCCAAUGGCGAGUCGUUCUGCUACUUAUGCGCUUCACUAAGCACAACGCGAAAGAAGACUUUGACUCACUUGAGCUCACUAAAUUGCUGAAUGGAUGACUAGCAUGCUCGAUUGAAUGGUACCGUCUAUAGGGUCGUGAC